AUGGUGCUGGAAAAGCAUAUCAGAAUUAUUCAGGAGAUGUACAGGAAUGUGUAUACUAGAGUGAGAAGCAGUGUUGGAGAGACAGAUGGAUUUGAGAUAAGAGAUGGAUUACACAAGGGGUCGGCACUUAGCCCAUUCAUCUUCAACAUUGUUAUGGAUGUAAUGACCAGGGAUGUUAAAGAAGCAGUGCCAUGUAUUACUGAGGAUGGUGGAAAUAGCAUAAGAUUGGGUGGGGAAGAAAUAAAGAGAGUACAGACGUUUAAGUACUUAGGGUCAAUAUUAGAGGAUAGUGGAAGCAUGGACCAAGAGAUGAGACAUCGAAUUCAGGCAGGAUGGCAUAACUGGAGGCCUGCAUCAGAGGUCCUCUGUGACAAAGUCCCUCUGAAAUUAGCAAUGUUAUAUGGAACAGAAACAGCAAGAAGCCGUUCAGUUCAAGGAUCUCAGACCAACUGCCAAAAUGAGUUACUUCUUCGUCUUCCUAUUGAUGUUUUGCCCUGCCAUGCUUGUGGAUUGUGCGAGAUGGUACUUAGAGGGGUAUUUCUAAUUAAUAAUGGCUUGGCUGCCUUUACCUUGGAAAUGGAUUUAACUUCAGUUUUAGUGCUUUCGAUGAAGAAGCAGUAG